UCUUGCGCAAUUUUGAUUGGUUGUAGAAUUCAAUAACUAGGACCAGUAAUAAAGAAAACACCCACUUUGACAUUUUGGUACCGAGGAGUAAAGGCUUCAUGAAUGCUACUAUUUGCCAUGGCUUUGAUUUCGAAAAUUAUAAAUCUUCGUUACAUAAUUAGUGUCAUUACUUCGCUUCUCAUCUUCUGUUCUCCCUCGCAUGGAUCAGGAAUAGAAUCUAUCACUGUUCAGAAUAGUCCGUCCUACAUCAACAUUUCUUGGGCGACAGCAGCAGGGUCAUCAUGGGACUACUACACCGUGGAUGUUAUCAAAUCAUCCCAAAGAAGCGUGGGUGGAUAUCCAACCAACACCAUCGACACGACACAUCUGAUAACCGGACUCAGACCUGAAGAACAAUACACAAUAGUUGUCACACCAUGGACUACUGAGGGCGCUGGCCGUUCAUUGAAUAAAACCGUUACUACAGAGGCCAUUGCUGAAGGAGACAUAUUUGUGUCAGAUGUUACGUCAUCAUCGGCUUUUAUCCGAUGGAAACCUGUCGCUGGAGUCUUCUUCUAUGACAUCGAGGCUGAACCAAGUGAUGCCAUUGAGGAUACAGGGGGUAUCUUUAAAGCUGAGGUCGGACUGACCAUUCUACUUCCAGGAACAGUGUUUAAUGUGACUAUUAGAGGUGGUAGUCCAGUCAUGGACGUGGCAUCAACGCAAAUAAGAAGCGCACCCGAGAGUCCAGUUAACGUUUCUCUUAAACAAACUGGUACGACUGAAGCGACCCUCUCCUGGACCCCUCCGACCAGCCCACAUGACGCAUACGAGUUCUACGUCAUUAAUAAUUCAACCGAUGAGAGAUCUAUUACAACUGAACAGCGUGAUGACGUCAGUGAUAACGAGGUGACGUUGACUGGUCUCUCUCCUGCUACCAUCUAUUCAUUUGGAGUUGGAUCUGUAUUGAACGCCAUGGAUUCCUUCGGAUUGCAGAGGAGUGGUCAAGAUGAUAACCCGACAGUGUACGGUCGAACUGAAUCUAUCACUGUUCAGAAUAGUCCGUCCUACAUCAACAUUUCUUGGGCGACAGCAGCAGGGUCAUCAUGGGACUACUACACCGUGGAUGUUAUCAAAUCAUCCCAAAGAAGCGUGGGUGGAUAUCCAACCAACACCAUCGACACGACACAUCUGAUAACCGGACUCAGACCUGAAGAACAAUACACAAUAGUUGUCAUACCAUGGACUACUGAGGGCGCUGGACGUUCAUUGAAUAAAACCGUUACUACAGAGGCCAUUGCUGAAGGAGACAUAUUUGUGUCUGAUGUUACGUCAUCAUCGGCUUUUAUCCAAUGGAAACCUGUCGCUGGAGUCUUCUUCUAUGACAUCGAGGCUGAACCAAGUGAUGCCAUUGAGGGUACAGGGGGUAUCUUUGAAGCUGAGGUCGGACUGACCAUUCUACUUCCAGGAACAGUGUUUACCGUGACUUUAAGAGGUGGUAGUCCAGUCAUGGACCUGGCAUCAACGCAAAUGAGAAGCGCACCCGAGAGUCCAGUUAACGUUUCUCUUAAACAAACUGGUACGACUGAAGCGACCCUCUCCUGGACCCCUCCGACCAGCCCACAUGACGCAUACGAGUUCUACGUCAUUAAUAAUUCAACCAAUGAGAGAUUACCCACUACAACUAAACAGCGUGGUGACGUCAGUGAUAACGAGGUGACGUUGACUGGUCUCUCUCCUGCUACCAACUAUUCAUUUGGAGUUGGAUCUGUAAUGAACGCCAUGGAUUCCUUCGGAUUGCAGAGGAGUGGUCAAGAUGAUAACCCGACAGUGUACGGUCGAACUGGUGACGAUACAGGGAAUGCCGUCUCAUCUACUCUUCAUUACACUCUGCUUCUCAUCCCUGCACUCCUGGCUGUCUUUCUGGUGUGAAGUCACUGUGACUGUCAUCUGUUUACCCCACGUUUUUUCUGCAAAUAUUAAUGGGGACAGUUUAGAAAUGAUCUUAUGUCACAUCCGAAAUUAUCUAUUUGUUUGACAAUUUCGAUGUUUAAGUCCAGACACCUUUCUCACAUGAGUACUUGUAGACUGUAAUAAGCUACCAGGGGGCAUGCAUAUUAUAAUAGGCCUACCCAUUGGCUAUCGCCAAAAAGUCAUUUUUGGCGAUCGAAGAACUGGCUGCAAACUUUAGUCAGCUACACACAAGUUUAGACUUAGACAGCGAAACUAUCACAUAGGUCGAUAAUUUUGGAUGUGCCAUAGUAUGUUUUUGUUACUCAAAAUUAAAUCUAAUUGUAAGGCUAAACAAACAGCUCGACCAAGAUGCCCUGUAUCAACAUUGAUCAACAAUUACAGAAAACUAGUUUCAAUAUAACUUUAUUAACAAUCACGAUUAUUAAUAAAGGAAAUAGGAGUAUAGGAAAUUGUGUAUAAAUUACAAACAAGUAUGUAAAAGUAGAUUAGUGGAAAUACAAGGUCAUAUUUUAUUAUUUACAAUACAGGGCUAAUACUUCAUAUUAUUCAUGAUGGAAUACGUGAUACGCAAUGAAAAUAUAUUAACGAACACGUUUAGCAUGACGUCUGUUUCGGGUCACAAGGGCAUUAGUUCCAUGUCGCGCCUUUGCCGCUCCAAAUAGAAGAUGUAUACAUACAAUUAACGCGAAAUUGAUAAAAUUAUAGUAAAACAAAAUGAAAAACAAACACAAAUACAAGGUUUGAAAAAAGAAAGGGAGGAAAGGUAAGAAAGGGAUACAAAGAAAGAAAGGGUUAACAAGAAAGAAAAGAAGAAUAUUAAAUAAGGAAAACAAGAUAAAUCAGACAAUGAAUAUUUACCAUAUUGUAACCAUGCGAACACUAUUAUCAAAAGAAAUAUGUCCGAUAUGACAUGAGCAUAUUUUCAAUUUAUUUCCUUAAUGGAAGAGUCAUAAUUUUAUAUAUGACCAUCGACUAAUCCAUUUUAUCUUUGUAUCACUAAACAAUUAUUUCAUGUAUACAAGAAUCUUAGUAAAACACCAUAGCAAAGACUUUCGAGAAAACAAAAUUAAGUGAUUUCAAAAGCCUUGCCCAUUACCUAUCAUAAUGCACAAACAUUACAACUACGAAUUACAUAUUCCCACCAUGUAAUUCAUUGGAAAAAAAGAAAACGUAUCGAAAUUACCUUUGAGAUGAUUUCUCCAAAGUCUUUGACAACUUGUUUUUUGUCAAAAUAUUAUAGUAUUGCGUUUAAAAGGCUAUGUGGAAUCGCUACUUGCCAUUUCCAAUGUAUUGGGGAAUUUAAGCAAACGUUAUGUAACAUUUUGUGUCCUCUUGAAGUCUAAUCAUCAGUGAUCAUGCGACUGUUCUUGUUAGGAAGUAUCGUGGUCUUGUGGAAAAGUUACCGGCUAGGAUAAUUAAGGUCUAAAAUCCGAAUCCUAGCCACGGCGCUAUAUUUGCAGACAUAAAUUAUGUAGGUUACUUAAAGGCCUAUAUGGCCGAAUUGCUAAUUGGGGAGAUUUCAAAUAUGAUUACCCAUUUGUACUAUUCAUUAUGUUUUAAUUCUUGUUAUUUCUCAUUCAGUACAUUCUCCUAAAGUUCAUGGUUCCACUACAGUCAACCAUAGUUUUUAUUCAUAUAUAGUGUAACUUGUCAUAAAUGAUAGCAUACCGGAAGUAUAUUGGUUUGAAAGGUCAUAUGGGUAUGAGUUAAGCAGGACGGUGUAUAAGCAUUGUAUGCUAAUAUUUUCGUGCAUUUCAAUUUGUAUCAAUAAUAUACUUCCCAUGCAAGGCAUGUUGGGCAUGCG